AAUUUCUUUGCAAGGUUUGGUUCCCUGUCACUUGCGGCGGUUGUUUCAACAUGGCGGCAGCUGAAAAAAGGAAUGCCAAAUCUGAAAUACUUUGGACGAAGAGUGGAGGAGACAAAGUGGUCCCUUGUAAACCAAGCGGUAUAAGUACCUCAAUUAAAAAAAACACCAAGAUGCAAGCCCGACGCAUCUCUGACUGCAAGAUGGACACACCAUUAAGGAGAGGCGGCACAACCCAAAGCUAUGUACAAAAUGAUCAAUGUAGCUCUGACGUUAAGGAAAAUGCGUCUGCCCUUGCCUUUGCUUCCGUAACGACUGAGAACGCCCUUGUUCCAACGCUAGGUCUGAUACCCCCCGUUUCACAAAUCAUAUUUGGAAGUAGCAGUGCACAGAGCCAAGUCGGUUUGAAAGACCUCUGUCCUGAGGACAAACGACGCAUUGCAAACCUGAUUGAAGAGCUAGCCAGGGUGAGUGAGGAGAAGGAAGAGUCGGUGAAGCGCCUCAAAGAUGAACACGAUAAUUUUGAAAGCAAAAUCCAACAACUCGAGCAACAGAACAUGCUUAUAGCACAUGAAAGAGAAAGUAUCCUUUCAGAUAUUAUUGACAAAAUGCCAGUGCCGUAAGUCUGAAUCCUCCACAUCCUCUUUUGCCAAAAUAAUUCACAGAUAGCAUAGAAUGCAUUAAUUGAGGCAAUUUUCUUGAUUUUAAUUUUAAUUCUCUUUGUUUUAUGUCUAGUUUGACAGUAACCUUCAAGUGGGAGUGCAAUUAAACUGAAGUCCCCCCCAAUUGUUCACUAUUUGCCAAACUUCUGCUUCUUGUGAAGUGAGUCGAGGAGAGUUCACCGCCAUCAUACGGCGCUCGUAUAUCAAAUUUGCGCUCGCAAGUUAAAGCAAAAGCUCGCGCAAAUGACGGGUUGUAUCUUGAAAAACUCGCGUAAGUCAAGUCACUUGCAUCUCAAGUGCAUUCGAACACUGCAAUUGAUAUGUUGUCACAGUUACGGUAUUCUUCAAGGCAGAUCAUUCUGACCUUGAAAUAAUCUCUCCAUAUCAUCUUUGAUGUCGGAAAAAAAUGUCUCUCUGUGCCUGUUAGCACCCGUUUCUUAAAUCCUACAGAUGUACUGAGGUGACAGAUUUGUACAGUUUGUGACUACAACAUUAGGUGCAUGUAGACCGAAGCUCAAGAGAAUUAGUAUUUGCUUUGUGUUUGUAUAUUUAUGACAACAAAACGUUUGGCUCCUUGUCUAAUGAGAUUGCGCCGGUGCAACUAAUCAAAAGUCUGGUGGCUGCGUCAGUCUGUGCGACGCGUGACUGUGUCGGAGGAAGUCAACAGGGGGCACUGUUGUCCAGAGUAAGGCGUUAUACAGCCUUGUGCAAAUCUUGAAUUCCUAGGCAGACAAAUGGGGAGAUUCAUUUCAAUUUUUUAUUUUUUUUUUUGACGCCUGCCACAGUUGUCUUUUGUAAACGCUUGCAGCUUAUUUGCUUUUGUGCACAAAAUCAAUUUCACGGUUGGAGCAAUGGCCCAAACUCGAAAGCAUCUAUUAAGUUUGGUAUUUACUAAGAAGACUUUGGUGUGUCUUUUCAAUAUGUUUUUGUAACCUUUACUUUGCACGUUGGGUGUCAUUUCCUCACCGCGCAGCGAAAGCCGCAAUAUUCUUUAUUCACUAAUUUGAGGCUAACAACGUUUAUUAUGUUUUAUGCGCUCUGCUGUCUUCCUUAAAAUUCCACUCAGGUUCACACACAGUUGAGGCUAAAUUGCUGCAAAAUAUGAAGAGUAAUUGACCCUGCUGGUAAAUUGUAUGAUUGGAAAUGGAAGUGCAUUAAAUCAGGAUGGCACAGCUCAAUUAAAUGUGCUCAGGCUUGCAGACUUGGCAUUUACACCAAAGUUCCAAACUCCAUUAAAAGGUAUUUGAGAGAGAAAAAUGUUAGGUUCCCAGCACCUCGGGGGGUGGGGGGUGUAACGUCGUCUUUUAAAAGAAGUGUGGGCAAGAGUCAUGAACGUACUUCUUGGGGAUAAGGUUCUGGCACUUUGCAGAAAGGUUAAGGAGACACCAAAGGCAAACACGCUGAAUGAGAGGCUUGUCAAAUCUAAUUCCAUUACGCCUUAGCUUAUCUUAUCUAACCAAGGUUCAGGGUUGACAGGGUGUAAGAAAUGUUGGGCUGUACUUUAGCUCUAAGCCACCAAGGAUGAGAGAGGGAAAGAGCAACC